AGAUAAGUAAAGUGAUCCGGGUGGAGACGGCUGCAGGGGUGCCUGGGGCUGAAAAUUAGGCCAGACGAGGCCUAAAUGGGGAGGUGACGUCUGCAGAAAGGCCUUGGGCCUGAGGCCCGGGGAGGUCUGGGUGACCGUGCACCAGGCAGCAGUGCAGCCAGCAAAACGGCCCUUCGGUGGGAGCUCUGUGGGACGUCUCAGGAGUGUGGCUGGAGUGCAGUCGUGUGGGGAGGGACCAUGGGGCCUCUGCAGCAGGGUUUGCCCUGAGACCCUGCUGAAAGCCAGGGAAGGCCCCGUUCACGCCUCACUGCCCCGUCUUCCCAGGAGGGCCCCGGGCAGGGUCCCUUCCCACCCCGGUUAAUAGGCAACAGGUUUGCUUCUCUGCAUCUGUGGCCUGCUUUGACCUCCGUCUUCUCCUCUCCCCCGGGGUGAUGCCUCUCUGCCUUAACCCAUUUAGGGUUCUUGGUGCCCCAGAGACUGGGGUGGCGCUGGGGGCCUCCGUGCUGCAUCCUGGGAGGGCUGGGAGGAGGUUCCUUCCUGGAAGGCUGCCUGGAGGAGGUGGCUGUGCUGGAGCUGAUCUUGGCGGUGGAGAAGGGAAAGGGGAAGCUGGGAGCUGAUGAAGAGUGAGGGGCUGACAUUAGGGCUUGGACUCCGGAGCUUGGAGCAGGGCAGGGCGGUGGAGGAAGCAGGGCGGGGGGCGCCAGCGCUCAGGGGAGACACAGGCUCUGAGGUUGGAGUAUCACCGGGACCGGGGAGCAGCUGGGGUCCAGACUCCCCGAACUCCAUCCCCUGCCCGGUGGGGGAAGGGGCCACCCUGCUCCCCCCGCACCCCACACCUCGCAGCCCCGCGUGACUCCCCCACCCCCCACAACGGCCAAGGUCACCGUCAGCUCUUUCCUUUCAAUUAGCAGCAGGAAUGUUCCCGGCGCUGGGCUCGGCGCCUGCCCGGGCAGGGACCCCCUCGUUCUGGCUGGAGCUGCCCGGGCGUGGGUUCUGGAAGGACAAGUUCGACGCCCCCAUCACACACGCGCCCCUCCCGCCCCGGACAGGGCCCGCCCUGCUCGCUGGGUGACCUUGGUCGUUGCGUAACCUCUCUGGGCCCUUCCAACACCAACGCCCCGCACCGCAGAGGCCUCUGCGGGGCUCUCAUCGGGUUUGGGCCUCAUUAACUCAUCUCCUGGAGCCGGAUUAUCUCACGCGCUCCAGACGACGCCCUCGCCGGGCCCCGAGCCGCCCACACCGCCACACGCCGUAAAAAGCAUCGCGGGGACGGGAGGCCUGUGCGCGCCGGGGUGGGCGUCGGGCGGGGGGCGUGGCGCUCCAGGGGCUCUGCGCGGCUGCCGGGAGCCAGGGAGGCUCCGAGACCCAGCACCUGCCCCGGGACCCCCUGCAGCGCCGGGACCGCCGCCGCCCUGAGCCUUUCCACGCCUUUGCCCGGGACUCAGCUCCUCCGCCCAGCAUGGUCCUGGCGGCAGAGACCACGUCCCAGCAGGAGCGGCUGCAGGCCAUUGCUGAGAAGCGGAAGCGGCAGGCGGAGAUCGAGAGCAAGCGCAGGCAGCUGGAGGACGAGCGGAGGCAGCUGCAGCACCUGAAGUCCAAGGCACUGCGGGAGCGCUGGCUGCUGGAGGGGACGCCGUCCUCGGCCUCAGAGGGGGAUGAGGACCUGAGGAGGCAGAUGCAGGAGGACGAGCAGAAGACACGGCUGCUGGAGGACUCGGUGUCCAGGUUGGAGAAGGAAAUUGAGGUGCUGGAGCGUGGAGACUCUGCCCCAGCUGCUGCCAAGGAGAACGCGGUGGCCCCGAGCCCAGUCCGGGCCCCAGCCCCGAGUCCAGCCAAGGAGGAGCGCAAGACAGAGGUGGUGAUGAAUUCACAGCAGACCCCGGUGGGCACGCCCAAAGACAAGCGAGUCUCCAACACGCCCGUGAGGACGGUUGACGGCUCCCCCAUGAUGAAGGCAGCCAUGUACUCGGUUGAGAUCACUGUGGAGAAGGACAAGGUGACAGGGGAGACCAGGGUGCUUUCCAGCACCACGCUGCUCCCUCGGCAGCCGCUCCCUCAGGGCAUCAAAGUCUACGAGGACGAGACCAAAGUGGUCCAUGCUGUGGACGGCACCGCCGAGAACGGGAUCCACCCCCUCAGCUCCUCUGAGGUGGACGAACUCAUCCACAAAGCGGACGAGGUCACGCUGAGCGAGGCAGGGUCCACGGCCGGGGCGGCAGAGACCCGGGGGGCCGUGGAGGAGGCAGCUCGGACCACGCCCUCCCGGCGGGAGAUCACCGGUGUGCAGGCACAGCCAGGCGAGGCCACGUCCGGCCCGCCGGGGAUCCAGCCCGGACAGGAGCCGCCGGUCACGAUGAUCUUCAUGGGUUACCAGAACGUGGAGGAUGAGGCCGAGACCAAGAAGGUGCUGGGCCUUCAAGACACCAUCACGGCCGAGCUGGUGGUCAUCGAAGACGCGGCUGAGCCCAAGGAACCUGCACCACCCAACGGCAGUGCCGCCCAGCCUCCCACGGAGGCUGCCUCCAGGGAAGAGAAUCAGGCGGGGCCCGAGGCCACCACCAGCGACCCCCAGGACCUCGACAUGAAGAAGCAGCGUUGUAAAUGCUGCUCGAUCAUGUGAGCCGGCCCCCGAGACCCCGGCCCCCACCCCACACCACAGACACCCACCAGCCCGGCCCCUCCCGGCGCCUGCCCACCCUCCACCCACAGCCUCACGGCUCCAGGACUUGGCGUGUUGUUACAUGUUCCUUCCGAGUUUUCUUUCGCUGGAAAGAGGGACAGGGGCCCCCACCCGUCACCACGCCCCAACACUCCCCCCAAACCAGAGCCGUGCACUUGUGCCUGGUAGGAGAGAGACAGGACAGGCCCGCUUUUCCCGAGACGAGGACCCCCCAUGUCACGGCAGCUUCACAGACGCGGCUCGCGCCCACCGGGGUCCUGGCGGGUGGGGCCUGUGGCCUCCACGUGGCCCAGGCCAGCCUGCCACCCUCUGGGCCUCCCGCCUGUGCCUUUCUCUGAGGGGACACCCCACCAGAGAGGGCCCCGGGAACCGGGGGCGGGUACCGGGGCCUACUCAGGCCCUGGAAAUGGGGCUCCAUGGGGUUCCCUGGCCAAGGCGCUGGCCCCCCAAUCUCAGGCAGUUGGGGUGAGGCCGUGCCUCUUUGGGGGCUCAAGGUCUUGGGUGGAGGACGGGCCCCUCUGCUGUCCCCCCAUGCCCUGUAUGGGCCCAACCAGUGGACAGUGGAGUCUGGGGGAGGGGGAACCCCAGGGACAUGCCCCCACCCGGGAGGGGCCGGUAACCCCUGGGCUGUCUUCUAGAUGGGGUGAACCAGGGGUCAUUGACCUGCCCCCUGCACGGGGCGGGGACCAAGUGAACCACUCCUUGUCCCGAGCUCCCGCCCCCACUGGGCCCUCCUUCCUCCUGGUGCUAAUUUGGGGACCCCAGGGGCCGCCCCGGCCUCUUCUCCAACCUGCUUGGACCAGGGUCCUGGGUCUUCCCAACCAUACCCCAGAGAUCAGGCCCCACCUGCCAGCUCUACUGGGCUUGCAGCAUGUCCGGGCAGUGGAGGGAGGGACACAGCCUGGGACGGAAGCCUCUUGGGUUGGAGCAGGAGACCCUCAUUUGCCACCCAGACCAAUGUGAGCCUGCCCCCAGCCCCCCCUCACUGGAAGUGGCAAGGGGCUUGCCUCCUGGGGGCAGCUACACUCGUCCCCAGAGGCACAUUCGUGCACAUUCUCACAGACACCUUCUCACGCGUUGGCUCUGGACAACCAGGCCCCAACUUGGUCCCUGCCCUAGGGACCUCCAGCCUGGUGCCCAGUGCUCAGGCCACCCCCUGGUCCAGUCACCACCUGCAGCCUCAGCAGGGCAGGUACAGGGGCCACCUCGGAUGGGAGCCUGGGUCCCUGCCUCCGCUCUGCCCCUGGGUGGCUGGGAGGAGAGGCCCUCUCGGGGGUGACCUGGGCGUCAGCCGUGGAACCCCCUCCUCCUCCCUCGAGUCUGCCCGAGUCCCUCGAGCCGCGAGCCUUCGCUGAAGUGCCCUUGCUGCCCCCUCUGCUUUUGGUGUGUGACGAGGCCCCCGAUGUUCUUGAUUUUCCCAGAGAAGCAA